AUGGAGGGCCACAAGUGCGAGACAGAGGGAUGCUCAAAUCCAUCACGUAUGGUCUGUCCAACUUGCAAGAAACAGGGAUUGCCGAGUGCAUACUUUUGCUCUCAAGAACACUUCAAACAAUCCUGGAAUACUCAUAAACUAAUACAUAAACCGUCCUCAAAGACAUUUGAUCCAUUUCCUGCUGAUGCCUACACUGGAAAACUACGUGCUGUUUAUCCAUUGACUCCCAGACGCCCAGUACCAUCACACAUUGCUAGGCCUGACUAUGUAGAGUCUGGCACUCCAUGGUCUGAACGUGAAACUGGCCACUUGAUACGGCAGUUGUCACCUGCAGAGAUCGAAGGAAUGAGAAAGGCUUGCAAGAUUGGGAGAGAGGUAUUGGACAUCGCAGCCAAAGCAGCCAAAGUCGGCGCCACAACUGACGAAAUAGAUCGAGUAGCUCAUGAAGCUUGUAUCGAACGAGACACAUACCCAUCCCCACUAAACUACUGGAACUUUCCAAAAUCCUGCUGCACAUCCGUCAACGAAGUCAUCUGUCAUGGAAUACCAGACCAAUACGAACUACAAGACGGUGAUAUUGUCAAUAUCGACAUUUCUACCUACCAUAAUGGAUUCCACGGAGACUUGAAUGAGACAUAUCUUGUCGGGAAUGUGGAUGACGCUGGUCGCAAACUGGUCAAUGUUACUCGGGAAUGUAUGAAUAAGGCUAUUGAGAUGGUCAGACCAGGAGUCUUGUACAGAGACGUUGGAAACAUUAUACAAAAGCACGCUCAUGCAAACGGACUAUCAGUAGUCAGAACAUACUGUGGUCACGGAAUAAACAACUUGUUCCAUUGUGCUCCAUCAAUACCGCAUUAUGCAAAGAAUAAGGCUGUGGGCGCUAUGAAACCUGGUCACACUUUUACGAUUGAACCAAUGAUUUGUGAAGGUAAAUUUGAUGACAAACAAUGGCCAGAUAAGUGGACGGCUGUCACACGGGAUGGGAAAAGGAGUGCUCAAUUCGAGCAAACCUUGCUGGUUACUGAAACUGGUGUUGAAAUUCUUACAAUAUGA